CCCUCCCCGCGGGGUGCGCAGCGGCCGGCCGGCGCGGAGAAGCCGGCUGCGAGGCAUGGGGCCCGCGCUGCUGCCCGCGGCCCUGCUGGCCCUGCUGGCGUGGCCGGCGCCGGCCCGGGGCGCCCGGGACCCCGACGUGCUUUGCGGAGCAUGCAGGGCCCUGAUGGACGAGCUGGAGUAUGACGUCACCAAGGCUCGGCAGAAGAAGACCAAGGUGGGCUCCUUCCGAGUAAAUCCUGACGGGACGCAGGAGAGGAGAAAGAUCCCCUUGGCGCAGUCGGAGGCAUUCCUAACAGACCUCUUGGAUAAAGUGUGUGAGCGAAUGAAUGACUACAAGCUUGAAGAAGACCCUGCGACCAAGAAGAAGACGUUCAAGAGAUUCGCUCCAAGGAAAGGAGACAAAAUAUACAAAGAAUUUAAAAAAUUCUAUUUUUAUUCUGAUGCUUACAGACCUUUGAAAUUCGCGUGCGAAACUAUAAUAGAGGAGUAUGAAGAUGAAAUAUUCUCACUUAUCGCCCAGGAGGCACACUACCUCGCUGACAAGCUGUGCAGUGAAAAAUCAGGUCUGUGUGAAACUGCUCCCCACGCUGAGCUCUAGGAGUGAGGUCCGCUGGUUAGAGGGGAGCGGAGUCCCAGCCCGAGGUCGUCAUCCGCAUCCAUGUCCUCGUGUCUCCUCCUGGGAAGAAAUCUCGCAUCUCUGACUUAUACCACGUUGUUUCAUGUAUGAUAUUGUAUGAAUAUCUGUUGUUGGGCAUCGUGACGAACCGGAUUCUGUCUCUAGGUGAAGCUGCAGAGUGCGUAAAACAAAUUCCCUUUGUGGGUUUUGAUACAAACAGGCUUAGCAGUAGAGCAUUUAAUUCAGUAAUAGGAAAAAAGUGAAGACAUUUCAUAAAUGAAAUAAGGAUUUAAUAAUGUGUGCUGUAUAUUUUGUGCACAUAUACAAGUAUAGUGUUCUGUUCAAUGAGAACUUGAUUUGAUUUCUUAAAUUCUUGAUUGGCCAUGAAAUUAAGAAAAUAUAUUGCCACAAAUUUCAGAUUAUGUCUUCUGAGUUAUAUAUGGCUAUCAGUGAAAGAAACAAACUCACUUUAUGUCAGGAAUGAAAUUUAAAUUUCUAGAAACCUUAAGUUAAAAAAAAUUUUAAUCUCUGAAAUAUAAUUGAAUACGUAAAAAAUACUGAAUGCUUUUAUAGCGACCAGUAACUAUAUUGACCUUUCUUACACACAUCCUCUGAAUUCAAAUCAUUUAGAAUGUUGAUUUAUUAUUACAUCAUGUAUUCUUAAAAGAUGGCACCGAUGACCAUGUUUUAUUUUGCUACCAGCUCUCCUGUUGUGUUUCUGUUUUUUAAAGACCCUCAGCUAACGUUUGGUGUGUAGAGUUCACUACUGACUAACCCGUCCUUCUGUGUGGGCGUUUUUGUAGGUCUGGAGAUGGAAGGGGCGGUGGGACCUUGUGGGAAGUUGCCUUUUGACCACACUCAGUCCCGGAGCGUAGAAACAAUCUGACCCUCGCACACUUUGUUGCCUGUUAAAUUUACAUUCAGUGGAAUCUGACUUUAAUUAUUUAAAAUGUCAGGUCAUAUUCUACACUUGUUUUAAAAAAUAAAUUCUCCUUGUUGUCAGUGAGAAUUUACUGGGUAGGAUGAUAAAAAUUUUUCGUCCAAAGAGCCAAAACGAUUUGCCGUAUGUUUCAUAAUUGCCUAGAGAGCACAGUAUUUAGACCACUCAACUGACUCUUCAGGAGGAAAUGAUUCUUAAAUUUAGGAAAAUUUACCAAAAUUAAGAGGAAAAGGUUUCCAUUUUCCUCCCUCUCCCACCCCCACUCUUAUUAAAAGUCAGAUUUUUACGUUAAUGUCAUUUAUUUGGGAAAACGUUAAUGUCAUUUAUUUGGGAAGGUGUGUGAUUUUUUGGUAUGUCUGUAGCUUGUUAAGUAGCGUAAAUCCUGCAUAUUAUAGCCCAAUGAGCCUGCACCUCGGCUGAUACAGACUGCGAAUAGGGUUUAAGAUAAGUAGCACCGUUGUUCAGCAGCACAGUAAACUUAUUUAAAUCAGAGUCCCUAUAUCUUUAUGUAAACUUAUCUAUUUAAGAUUAAUUUAGCAUUUCAAAUAGUAAGUCAUAAACAUCUUCCUAACUUAGGCUUUCUUGGUAAAUGCACCAAACAGGGGUAUUAUUUCUUCGCGGGAACAUGGUGGAGAUGCGGGCACGCGGUUCCCACCACAGCCGUGGCAUCCGGAGUGUACACCAGGCCUCUCCCCACUCUCAGCUCUGAUCCUCACACACUCCCAAACAUAGUCCUAAGGACCCUCGUAGAAUCUGAGAGGACCUGGGCUCCUCUGGGCUCCUGUUUCCGGCCUGAAUGGACCUGGUGAGAUGUGCCUUCCUUCCACUGAUGCCUGUUUUUCAUGGCUGUUGACGCUUUUGGUCUGACUGGAGGGAGCCAUGCGUCUUGCCUCUGAUGGCGAAUCUCUAUUAAAGUUUUGCUAAAUAUGACUUUUUAGUUUUUCCUCACUUCCCAGUAAGCAUAGUCUUGUCUCUUACAAGAUUUUUGAUAUCUCAUGACUUACAUAUUUUUUCAUUGCAGAAAUUUUUUCCUGAUCAAACUUGUUAAACUCAUAUAAUGUUUGUAGCUCCCUAAGUUACUGAUUAGAAUUGCCUUGGGGUGAUAGACUUGAGGCUGCAAGGCCUCCGAAGCUUCCCUCUGGGUCAUGGUUAGGUUGCGCCGCUUUGCUAAUGAACAAUAAUGAGAUGGAGCCGCUGCUUGUUUUAGCAUCCCUCCCAACCACAUUCCUGCCUUUUUAAUGACGUUUAUUGACCAAAAACAAAACAAAACCAAAAAGCCAAGAAUAACAAAGCAACAUCUAGGGUGUGAGAGAAAAGUUUCUCAGAGUCAAUGAAAAGCAACCGAAUUCUAGGUCAAAAAAAUUCCUGGAGAAGAAGGAGAGGCUAUAAUGCUGAUUAAAGAAUGAGGCGAGAAAGCAUGUUUGAGGCGGAUGGUUUCUAACUGUACUUUGAUGAGAUGGUUUCUCUGGGUCUCAACGCAAGACCUCUGUGGACCUGUUCUCGUAAAGAAAAGGCCACAUUGGCUGAAAUGAACCGUUCAUGUUUUGUUAUGUGGAUUACUGUUUGCUAAGAAUAUGCCAAGACCGGUGAAUCCAUGUCACUGAGGAGUGGAGCGGGGAACCGAGCCGAAGCCCCACACGGAGCAAUCAAUACUUUAUUUACUAAGACAAGCCCUAAACAACAGAGAGUCAAUAGCUGGUUAUAUUUUUUAUACCUAUUUCCUUGCUUAGGUUGACAUUUAUUCAUAUAUGUAAUAGCCUUAUCUAAAUAAAAACUUUUAAACUAUGUAUCAAUCUUAAAAUUCAGAUUUUAAUGGAAUAUGAGAAAAAGCCAUUCUUGGAUGUGAUUUUGUGGCCUGUUUUAAAAUUUGAUAUAAAUCUAUGAGCUAAUCUUAAACAAGCUAGUUUUAAAUCUUAAAGUGAACUCGAUGGCUUAUUGCAUAGGUUUGUACCAAAAUGCAGUUAACAAUGAUAGUAAAUCAUCACAAUAAAGAUAAACCUGUUAGAUACAAGUGUGUUCUUAUUAUGAUUUUCUGCCUAUAAUUUAAUUCACCUUUAUAGGUUUUUUAAAUUCCUCAGAUUAUUUGCUUCUGGAGUGAGGAACUAAAUAAAUAAAAAAAUUGAAUGUGAUACAUGAAA